CCUCCAACCAGUAUGGUGAUUCUACGAUAAUGUUGAAUGCGGAACCGCGUGGUAUUUGUGUUGUGUCGUCUUUAUAUGACGCAUAGAAACAGACUACGUUAUCUUCGAGGGCGUUGGGCGCUUCGAUCGCAGGGCCGGUUUGUGGUUCGAUAGAUUCUUGGACAGCUCUUGUGCUACGAGUGUUUGACAUGACUGAGGCCUACCGAUUCUGUAUUUGUGCAUCAUACACCCCGGAAUUUGAGCAACUGGUCUCAAGUUGUGUCGGACCAAUGCGCUUGUGCAACUGCGUACAGCCUUCGAGGCAAGUAACCUCGCGUGUGGGCCCAAUAGCCUAUGCUGGCUGGCGAGCAGGUGCAACAUUAAGCAAUGGCAUCACUGGAGCUCAAGAGCUGGUGCACAUGGUAGUCCUGAACUAUGCAACGCAAUUUGCCCUUGUUUCGCAGUAUAGGCAGCGCGCACAGCGUAGCCUGGGCCGUUAUGAGGUGAGCAUGCAGGACACAGAAAAGAACGCUGUAUGGCUGGAAGAAGGCCAGCAGUAUAGGAUUAGGCUUCAUGAUGGUGUGGACUUUACCAAACCGCGGCUGAAAAGCGCGCGUUGGUGGGCGAACCGUCUGCCUUCCGACAGAGCCGCACUAGCCGAGCUGUGCAGGCAACAAGGCAAAUGGCCCAAACGCGCAAGGAUGCGUCAUGUCCACAUCCUUCCAUUACCUAUCCCCUGCACACGUCGAUCGGCUGAAGUGUCCCCCGCCGGAACAACGCCGAGUAUAUACCUAUAAUAACACUGCGCUGCCGCGAUUUGACCUAGGACGUGUCCGAAGUUCAUUCGUCAUCAUACAAGCCCCAUGAACCGCGUUAACCAUUCCUCUUCAUUUAGAUUCUCGUCAAUGUUGUGUCGUUUGUCGUUUACAACCUCAA